CAAAAAAUCGAUUGAAUAAGUUAAUUUUUUUUAAAUUAAGUGGCGCAAUUGUAAGAGUAGGAACUACAUAACUCUGACGCAACCUGUGAUUAGCAGGAAGUUCAAGUUCAGUUUCAGUUAACUCUGUAACGUUCAGUGUAUAUAAUAUAACGGCGUAAAUCUGUUAUCAUCUUUGUACCCGGCACGUUUUAUUACAUCGCAGCGUUUUACAAUACGUUUGUUUUUAACUUUACAUAUUAAUUUUAUCAUCGUCUUUGUGAUUAUUAUUGUUAUCCCGGUAGCGAAUCUAUUGAUAAAACUCGUCAACCAUAUAGAAACGUGGAAAUUUGGGAAUUGCGUAAAACAGAUUAAAAAAAUGUUAAGUAUUGACUUUUGGACAAUUUCCGAAACGAGAAAAUCCGCCUAUUUAUACACACAGCUAUUUUUCAAACUCGACGCAUAGUUUUUAAUACAACGUUUAAAAACGCGGCAUACCUUCCAACAAGCGAAUAUAUGUAUACGUAUCUAUAUAUGUAUAUGAAGUACAACGUAUAUAUUUCGCGUUCAAUAUUAUAAUAAUUUCGUACACUGAGAUAGAGUGAAAUGUUGCGUGAGUAUACGUAUAGCGAUGAACAUAAUCGAUAAUAAAGAAUAUAACGCGUGUUACGUGAUCGGAAUCUAGUGAUUAUAUCAUUAUGCAAAGCAAGUAGAACAAUAAACACACUUCAACUCGUCGCUGCAUUUACCCGCAAAACUGAUAUUACAUUUCAUUAUUAAUUACUUUCUUACAUUUUUUACUUAAAAUUUGCAUCAACCUUUACAUAAUUGUAACACGCCUCGCGCUGUAAGCUGCAUACAUUCAUACAUAAUAAUUACAAGAUAUCGGGUUCGCGUCGAAAGUUCGCUGCGGUCAGUUUGCAGAGGAUAAUCGUUGGUUCCCGAUUAAGAUAUCUGUUGAUAGCAUUUAUGCAAAGUUCUUUAAACCAGAUGGUUUGUGGCAGUGAUGCCCUCGUCCGAGGAGGAGAGCUUACUGUGGCUUGCGGGGAGCGGCGGGAGCACGGGAUCCGUUGUGGGAUCUGUCCAGGGGUCAGUGGGUUCGGUAGGAACCGCACCGUCGGCUCAUCAACAUCCUGCAACCGGUGGUCACCGCUCCGUUACAAUUAGAGCCGGAUUAUUGUAUACCGAGGAGAUGUCUUCCCAGGGUCCAGGCAGUGCCGCCGUCGCCGCUGCCGCAGGUGUAACUCCUGCAUCGGCUGACCCCGCUGAACACGACCUGAUCGAUUCCACCGCCGACGCGACCCUCCUCGCACAAUUUCAUGAGGACGCUAUCAAGCAGGCUGGUGUCGGUUCCUUUCAAGCAUUAGUCGCACUGUGUGCCGGUUUGAGUCUCGCCGCAGACACCGUCGAGUUCUUCGUAGUACCCUACAUCCUACCCAGCGCCGAAGUCGAGCUCUGCAUAGAAGACAAUGAAAAAGGAUGGCUUGGCAAUAUAACUUUGGUCGGUCUUGCCCUUGGGGGAUUAUGCUGGGGAGGACUAGGUGACAGGUUGGGAAGACGGAGAGCGCUGCUUUCCGCAAUGGCAGUACAUGCUCUGUUCAGCGGCGUCGCUACCUUUAUGCCAACAUACGGCACUUUCAUGACCGCUAGAUUCUGCUCUGCAAUUGGCGUUGGUGGAGCACUUCCUUUGGCUUUCGCGUACCUCGCAGAAUGCUGUCCUAGGUCCAGCAGAGGCUGUUGGACCGGUGCUCUAGUUGGCGCCGGAGCUCUGGGUGGUGUUUAUGCGGCGCUUUUGGCCUGGGCCGUUGUGCCGACGACAGGGGAAAUGGUAGUUCUCGAGAACAAGGAGCACUUUAGUGCCUGGCAUAGAUUUCUUCUGCUUUGUUGCCUUCCUGCACUUAGUGCAACAAUUGGGCUUGUAUUUUUGCCGGAAAGUCCACGCUACCUUGUCGAGGCGGGAAGAGACGUCGAGGCAAUGAUGGUGUACCAGAGAAUAUACAAAAAGAAUAACGCUCGGAAAGGCGGAACAGGUGCUCAGUAUCAGCUCUCAGAAUUGGAAUUGCCGAGCAAGCGGCCCAGAGGAUUGUCUCCGCCUUCACCAGCCACACACGCCAGUGUUUUAGCUGAUAUUUUGUACUCCAUUGAAAUGUUUUGGAACUCUUUUCUGCAGCUAUUCUCACCUCCUCAUCUACGUAUCACAAUCGUUCUACUCAUCAUUUGGAUAGCUGCCGCAUUUGGCCUCUAUGGUCUGAUGGCAUGGUGUCCUGAAUAUUUGAAACUUCUUAGAGCGACAGAAUACGAAGCUCAGACGAUACACUAUGCCGACAAGACUCACAAUGGACAAGUUUUUAAUGGGUCUUUGGAAAAUCUUCAAUACAAAAACUCUAAAUUUAUCAACUGCAAAUUCACAAAAAUGAUAUUCAGCCACGUCGAUUUUGACAACUGUACGUUUCAAAACGUCGAAUUUAGCAGCAUUAAAUCUAGCAAAACUCAUUUCACCGACAGUACAAUCGUAGACUCAAAAUUCGUGGACACGGAUCUGUCGGCACAAGUCUUCAUUAGAUGUAAAUUGGAGAAUAACACGGAGCUAAGCCUUAGCGGUCCGUGCCCAAGUCUCGACUUAGACUACAACAUAUACAUUGAGGAGGCGCUGCACGGCCACCUCGUGGCGCAGUUGGCCUUCGUCCCUGCGGCAGCUCUGGCUGGGUUUGCGCUGACCAUUGUCCAACGGCCGAUGAUGAUUGGCAUAUCAUUGUUCCUGUCGUCUAUGGCUGCACUCUCUCUCAUGCUUGUGGGCACAAACAGCUUGGCAAUUCUUGGCUUCGAGGGAGGAUUUAUUGUGGUUUUUGCAGUCGCCUGGACCUCACUGACCUUGGCUACAGUCGAGAGCUUCCCUACGCAUCUAAGGUGUACCGGUUUUGGCUUCAUGACAGCCGGCAUACGAUUAUCGGGCUUGAUAGGCACAGCUACUUACCAGACUCUGAUUGGUGCACCGCUAAUUGCGCCAGCACUUCUGACAGCAACGGCAUUGUUCAUUGGAAGUAUAGCUACCUUCAAGCUACCGCAAACCCAUACUGUCUUUUUGUAAAAGAAAAGAGACGAAAAAAGUUAAGUCAUAACGAAAUAAUAUGUGGGUUCGGUACCUGAUUGACGACUUUUUAAACAAAUUGUAUAUGUCUACCAGUGAAGAAAGUAUGUUUGCUUGUAUGUGCAUGUCUGCGUGUGUGAAUCUCUAAUUGUCGUUUGAUUUGUGAGUUUGUUUUUUUUUCUUCUUUUUUGUCUUCAAACAACAAAAAAGCUUCUAGGUACGAAUAUCUACAUAAUUUAAUUACAUUUUUAGCGUCAAAUAACAAUCAACGGUACUUUAUACGUGUAUUAUAGUUCGAUGUUGACAAAUACUCACCGCUGAUUUGGUGCUGCUGUAAACGAAUCCGCAAAAUUCACAAGAAAAGUUGUCCAGCGAAUAAGUGUUUCAGCUAUGGUACAAAAAUUGAUUGUGAAAAAAAGAAAGGCACUCUCGCCGAUCUUUAUAGUCACUGACAGGUUUUAAUGAAAAAAAGAAUCCGUAAAUUUAAAAUUGUAUAAUACAAAAAUAUUCUACAAGCUUGAACCCCCGCGUAUUAUGAAACUAUUAAAAUGACUUGAAUUUAGUAUAUUUAUAGCAAAUGGCAGAAAAGAUUAUUCAUUGAAGUUAAAAAUUAUGUCCUGACCUACUUGACUUACGCCAAAUAUUGCUACUAACGAUAAAGCAUAAUGGAAAAUGCAAUUUUGAACAAUAUAACACCGUGCACGCUGCUUUUAACUUGUUAUACUAGAAUUAACACCUCUACGACUAUUCGAUCAAUGAAUGAUAACGUGUAGAGACGAGUCAAUGAAGUUAUUAUCUAAUUCCCGUUGUCGUAGAUUGUUGAGAGUUGUUAUAUAUACACAGACAUUGAUAAUGUAUGUUUAUUAAAAUAUUAGCCGAAUAAUUAAAAAAGAAAAAAAAAAGAAAGCGAAUGGCAAAUUAAAAGUAGCCGGUUCAUUUAU